AUGCUAUCACAGAGGUUUCUCGGAGCACGGAUCUUAUUAUGUUCCGGUAGAAGGGCAUUGACGGUCAGUGCUCAACUCUACGAGAAAAAGCCAACGCAGACCCGACGAAAACCAUCCAAAUCCAAAGAGAGAAUCUUAAUUCUAUCACCUGAAGAAACCAAAGACAAAACACUUUCCAGAUAUGUGGAGAACAUGAGCCGUUCUGUGAGGAGAAAGAAUAUGCCCAAGCAGAUUCUGCAACUUGUGGAAGGUAACGUUUAUGAUAAGCCGCGGGAAAACGUUGCAGAAGCCAUUGAAGAGAAUAUAGAUCAGUUCAAGCCAACUGAGAAUGUCAUCAGCUCUUUCAAAGCACAUACAUUGAUCGAUACGUUGGUGACGUCUUUCAAAAAAGAUCAACUAUUGGCAUACGUUCGUAGCCAUGAUAUGCCCAUGCCCCGUAAGACGAAGCUGCAGAUUGCAGAGGUCAUUGUCCGGAAAAUCUGGAAGUAUAAAGUUCCUUUGAAGAACAAAAAGUAUAAAAAGGAGUUGCGCAAGCACGAAAACCAGAUUCUCAAGGAGGAGAUUCUUCCGGUGUCGAAGUUUGAGAUAUUUUUGCUCUUGUCUCAGGAGGGAAAGCUCUGGAAGGAUGUCAAGAGCACAUUGUCAAGUGUGAAAUUCACCUCCGACAAGCAGCUGUUGAAAUUGGUGGGGUCUGAAAGUCAGAUCGAAAAUGCCAAAGUCUUGAUUUCUUCUUGUGUAGAUAACUGUUACAGAGAAGAAGUGGACCUCUCCUCAUUGCGCAAAUUGUACGAAGAGAAGUUUGGUACAUUCUCCGUCAAGGCCGUGGGCAAGUUCACUGAGGUGUACUUCACCCAUUUGGAAGACGACAGGUACGAAUGGGCGUCUCUCAAUCCUAACCAGAUCAAGAGAAUCAGAAGACUCUUUCUUUGGCACUUGGGUUACAAUCUCCACAGAAAGGAGCAAUUGCAUCUUCCUUCUCCUGCCGUGUUGGCUGCGUCAAGUCUUUUGCCCUACACGAACGACUACUCUGUGAGCUGGAAGGAAAGAGGCUUGCACUACUAUAAGUUGAAGACGGAGGGAUCGCCCACUGCGAGCGAGAUGUUGAAGGAAGAUCUUGAAAGGUUUAGCGACGAGAAUUUGAGCCAUAUGGAGGCUAAGGCUUUGAACACCGGUUAUGACUUUGGAAAGGUUAAUGGCCGAGAAAUGACCAAGGAAACUUAUGAACUUUUAGAAAGUAUUGGACUUUUGGAGGACGAUUUGGAGAAGGAUAUGGAGACUAAUACGGAGGUGACGAGUCACAACGAGGAAGUCUCCAUCAAUCCUAAAUUCCAAACAGAUUCAGGAUCUUCAACAACUUCGGUUUCCAUUCCAAAGGAAAUCCAAUUGUCUGAAAGACAAAGAGAUCAGAUUUACGAGGAAUUGACCGAUUUCUCCUACAGCAAGGACUUGAAUGGAGUAGCAGACUCGCACCUCGAAGAUCCAGUCUUUACCGUGACACUCGGCGACGUCUUGUUUGCAAAAGUGGUCAAGGGCUCCAGAUUGGGUAUCGAGUCGCCAUCGGUGGAGUCCGUGGAGUCUUGUCCCCACAUUUUUAACACAAAUGUUACGUUAGCCUUUGAUCAUGCUCUCGCAUCCACCAUUAACCAGCACGAGUCUGGGUCAUUCGACGAAGAUCCUCAUGUUUACAGCUUGCAGCUCAAGUUUGUGCCCUCGCCAUUUGUGGAGAACCUCCACGAUAAAACACUCCAGCGGUCCUUGCAAGACCAGAUCAAAUAUCCACCUGUGGAGAUGUGGGUUCAGCUCAAUUCGCAAUCAAUUCCAGAUCUCGAAACAUUACAGAUUGUCACCGUGGAAGCAGAGAACAACGCAUUCAUGUGCUUCCCUAGUGCUGCCACUGACAUGCGAAUCGGGUGUCAGGUCACCGGAAGGUUGCUUGAUGACGAUAGUGCAGAUACUGUGGAGUCAGACACGGCUCUCGAUAUAAAAUCCUUGCUCAAUGCUCCCACCUCCAACUACGCUCGAUUCAGUAGACAGAGCGGCGUAGUAGAGUUCUUGCAAAUGUCAGCAUUGGACUUUUCCGGAAAGAACCCCACAUCCAUUCAUCCAUGGAUUGUGCUCGACGUCAAUGGCCAGAAAGUUCGCUACGACUACUUGAACACCAGCUACAGACGAGAGCUUACACUCCGCGGCGAAAACAACGUUGCUGUUCAGCUUGGAGUGAUUGACGGUGGCCGAUUAGGUGGACGGAGACUUGAGAUCCGCUUUAUAGGCGCAUCAGGGCUUGACAGAGCUAACUUCGAUAAGUUGCUCGACUACAGUGAGGAGUUCAUCAAUAAGUUAUAA